GGACAGGAUAGUGAUGAAUCAAAAUUUGAGGCAGCCUUAUUGAGCAUUUCCAAUAUUAGAAAGCAAUCUCGAGUUAAGAUAAACCUCUAUUCUAACUUAAUAAAUAUAUAGGAUUGACUUCAGGAAAAGUAUUUGGUUUCAAAGUUGCUGAAUCUGGCUUAUAUAUACCACAAUGCCUAAUAUUGGACGUCCUAGUCGUGAUUGUCAUACAUGUCGACAGAGACGCAUUAAGUGUGAUCUUAAACGCCCUGCUUGUAGCCAGUGCUUGAGGAAGCAUGUACCUUGUUUUGGGUACCGCGAGGAUAUCGGAAUCCACUUCAGGGUUGAAACGGCUUCUUCGUUCCAAUUCAGAGACCAACGCAAAAGAGAAACCCUUUUUAAAGGACUCCAGCCGAAAAAGCCAGAAAAAGCCUCGAAUCUGCACACAUAUCUUUCUGGAGAUAUGACCAUACAUUUUACUCGAUUCUCCAAACCCCUCUCAUUGCGGAAACCCUUGGUAGAGCCAUGGGAUGUCCACUUUUUUCCUCUUUUUAUGCGUAACUUUAAAGCUACACGUAUACCUCUGACACACAUACAUGAUUUUAUCCCACGCGUGUUUGCUAACGUGGGUCCCUCUUCUGCUCUUUACAACGCCUGCAAUGCCUUGGCUUGGAUGUUUGUAACCGGCAAAUCACUUUCUCUAAAGGCUACCGUUAACAAGGAAAAAGCAUUUGGAAGUGCAGUCAUGGCUUUACGAUCAGAUUUAAAAUCAUUACGGCAAUGUAAAAGCGACAGCACUCUGUUGACGAUCUGGCUGUUGGGCUUAUAUGAGAACUGCGUGAUUGCAACAACUGCAUGGAAAUUACAUAAUAAAAUCAACAUGGAUCUGAUUAAUUGGAGAGGUCCAGAUCAGUUUUCCACUCCGGAUGGCAGGGAUUUAUUCCUCAUUUUGUUUAACAAUGUGGAAACGCAAGCAUAUAUGGCAGGCCGGGAAUGGAAAGAGAUAUACACAUGGAUUUUACAUUUCUACAAGUCUUGUGAUCCUUCUGAGUAUCCAAUAGUGCGAGCUUGUGUUUUCUCUCACCACUGCAGCCGUAUCUGUGGUCGAAUUCAAGCGCUGCUUGAUGCAACUGAUUCUAGUGGAAUACUCCAUAGUUUACCUUCCAUUCUAGGGGAGGUGGAUGGUGUGGAGAAAGAGACCUAUCCGUUAUCUCACGAGAAAGCCAUCACUGAUCACAUCGUGGAGCCUCCUAGUAUUCCGUAUACUGGUCCGGUUAACAUGAAUAACACUAGCUAUGUGUUCGCCGAAGUGAUGCAAAGUACCUUUCGGAUGAAGCUCUCAUACCAUGUUCUUAAACUCUUGCAUUAUUCACCCCAUUUAUCUAUAGGAGUUGGUUUCCUCCCUCAACAAAAAAUUAAACAUCUAAAAGAUCGUUUUAUCAAAGAAAUUAUAACUAUCGCCAACAGAUGUUUGAACUCUCUACCCCCAAUGUAUUUCAAAAUUUCUCCUAUCCAGGUCGAACAUGCAAUAGCAGCACAUCAAGGCAAAUCGAAGCCUGCUGAACCCUCCAAAGUUGUCAACGUUUUCGGUGAUCUUGAGAAAGACUUGAAUAGGAAGUCCACUUUGAUCUUCAAGUAUAAAGAAUACGAGAUUGACGUGGUCCGGUUCGAUUUUGGGGCUGAAUAA